AUGGCAGAGGAAGACGAGACGAGGAGGCUGAAGGCGCUGCCGGGGGCGGUGGGGCUGGGAAGCUUCAACGCCAUGCGAGCAGCGCAGGGCAAGGAUGCUUUGAGUGCCGCAGGUGCUGCACUCAGUGCAGUGAGUGUUGUGAGUGCGGUUAGUGCUGUGGACACCAUUGGAGGGGUGAGGUCCACACCAGUGGUGGCAAGAGCAGCAGCGGUGAGAGAGGAAGAGGAGAUGACGGCACUGAGGGAAUGGCUGGACGAGGCUGGUGUGGGGCGUGGGGGGGAAGAGCCGCCUGCCUGCUCGCCCCCCUUCUCCCCCACUGCGCCCUUCCCUGCCUUCCAGCCGUCACCUGCAGUGGAUUCUUGCUCCGGUGGUAGUAGCACGGGGAAGAGCGAAGGGAGUGGCAAGGGCAGCAGCCACGGGGGCAGCAGGGGAAGCAGCAGAGUGAACGGCAAGGCGAGCGGAGCAGAUGGUGGUAUAGGCAGCAGCGGUGAGAUGAGCAGCUUCAACAGCGGCAGUGGCAGCGGGAGGAGGAGGGCGAGAGUACGGCGAGUGAAGGCACAUCGGGGGCCGGUGGUUACGGUAGCGCUGGCAGAGCAUGCAGAGUCACACGGUUGCUGCUCACCACUGCGAGCGCUGAUGGCAUGGUGA